AUGCCAAUACGCGCCCCAUUAUUGCACCAUUUGCGCAGUCGCAUUUCGAACGUCCAGCGUUGCAGUUCCUCAUUGCGUCCAUUGCUCUCGAAUCGUGCCGUCUUCCUCAAUCGGAGUUUUCUACCAACGAGAAGCUAUGCCUCUAUCUCCGCCUCCGAAUUGCAAUUUGGCCAACCUUUGCAUGAGACACAUCCUCAUUUAUUAGAGCCGGGCGAAUGUCGCAUUGUUGACAAUAAUGAAGUGACACCAGGAAUCACUGCUCAGGAAUACGCGCAUCGUCGUUCGAGACUCGCUAAUCGACUUCCCAAAAAUGCCAUUGCGAUUGUUGCCGCGGCGGACAUCAAGUACCGCGCUGCUGGCGUUUUUUACGAAUACCGACAAGACUCGAAUUUUUUCUACCUGACGGGAUUCAAUGAACCCGGUGCAUUGGCCAUAAUUAUAAACGACGGAUCAGGCGACAACCACCUCUUUCAUCUAUACGUUCGAGAAAAAGACCCGAAAAUCGAAUUGUGGGACGGUGCACGAUCAGGAACUCAAGCAGCGUUAGAUGUUUUUAAUGCGGAUGAAACCGGUAACAUCGAACGAAUCAAAGAACUUAUCCUCCCAAUCUUGUCCGAAGCAACCGAGAUAUACACAGACAUCAAAUCUUUAUCUCCCGCAGGAUCCUCGAUAACUCGUUAUUUAUAUGGCAGCGAAGCCGAGUCCGACCUCCAAAAGAUUAUACAAGCGCAUAAAGUCAAACCCCUUCGUCCGGUAUUGAAUGAAUUGAGGGCUUUCAAAAGCGAGAGUGAGGUUGUGAAUCUGCGGCUAGCCGGACAGGCCUCAGGUCGUGCUUUUACGGAUUCGAUGCGCCAGGAGUUCGAUACUGAGAAGGAAUUAUCUUCGUUUUUGCAGUAUCAAUUUCAGGUGAAUGGGUGCAGUGGCAGUKCUUUUGUACCUGUCGUUGGAGGAGGACGGAAUGCACUGAGCAUACAUUAUACUCGGAACGACGACGUAUUGAGAGAUGGGCAACUUGUCCUCGUGGACGGAGGCGGUGUAUGUCCCGACAUGCCCCUGCUACUUGUCUACAAUCUAAUCAAGGAACAGGAAUACGGAGGCUAUAUUGCAGAUAUAACGAGGACAUGGCCAGUAAACGGCAAAUUCACCGGACCACAGCGCGAUUUAUAUACUGCUGUGCUGAACGUACAUAGAACUUGUGUGGCACUUUGCCGUGAGGAUGCGAAUCUAUCCCUCGACCGACUUCACGGUAUUGCGGAGAAAGGCCUGAAGGAACAACUACAGCAGAUAGGUUUCGAUAUGUCUGGUGAUGCUGUAAGGACUCUGUUUCCGCAUCAUCUGGGCCACUAUGUCGGUCUCGACGUGCAUGACUGUGCUGGUUACCCAAGGAGCGUCAACCUGAAGGCUGGACAGUGUAUAACAAUUGAGCCUGGUAUUUAUGUCCCCAAUGAUGAGCGGUGGCCGGAGCAUUUCCGCGGCAUUGGUAUUCGCAUUGAAGACAGUGUUUGCGUGGGUGAUGAGCACCCUAUUGUGCUGACCAUGGAGGCUGUCAAAGAGAUUGACGAUAUCGAGGCUCUUCGCUCAUAG